AUGGAAGAAGCCACAAAACACCUGCAUGAUACAAUCCCCACCGCUCAGACAUACAUGGUGGAUAGUGACCUUAAGCUUCCAAACAUACCCCACCACGGUAGGCCGGUUACACUGGCAACUGAUUUCACCAUAGAUAAGGAGAACAUGCCUCAUAACUACGAUCUUCUGAAUCUGCACCUGCACGGUUUGGAGGUGGAGACACACUUGUUCCAUCCCCAGGGCACCAGUAAGUCUGACGCACCCUGGAUAUCACUAGAUGUAGACGAGUGCUACUGUUACAGAUUCCGCCUACCCACAACGCACCCCACGGGUACAUACUACUACCACCCACACCGCCACGGAGCGACAGGCAUGCAAACCUGGAAUGGCAUGUGGGGCCCAUUCCUGGUCACAGGUGGACUGGACGACGACCUCGCAGACAUGACUAAGAAUAAUACGCCACACAUUGACCAGCCUUUCUUCAUGUGGGAUGCACACGUGCACAGGGCCAAGAACCACACCGAGUGGGAGGGUCGACGGGGUAGUGGUGAUGAGUCCACACUGGUAGAGACCGAUGACUUCUUAAGGAACCAAGCGGGACAGGCGGAGCAUAUCUUCGUCAUGGUAAAUAAUGAGUUCCAGCCAACGCUUUCAAUGAACACUUCACAAGUCAUGAGGAUAAGACUCUUGUGUGGGGCGUCUGAGAACAUGUGUGGCUUUAGGCUCCGACACACCCAGUCCAAAGUGAUAGUUCCGCUAUACAAUGUAGGCUCGGAUGGUCGCACAUGGGCGAGGGCAUACACUAAGCAGUACAUGAUACUUAUGGCGUCUCAGCGAGAGGAGAUCCUCAUCCAGAUUGCUGAGGCUGGGUUGUACGAGGCCACACGACCAAGUGCUCGCCUAUUUGGAGGUUGUACCAAAUCCCGAGCCAACGGACAGGAGUUCGUAUUGUCGACCGAUAUGGAGUUUGCGAAGAAUGAAAGGGGAUCGAACGAGGCGGAUAUCACUGAUGUGGAGAUAAUGGGACAGGGACGUAUUGACUUUGCGAUGAAUACGGAUGUGCGCAUCCUGCCGUUUGAACAGUACGUGAUCGACAACAAAUCCUAUAACGUUAAUCGCAUAGACCAAAUGGCCCAGCGGCUGCAGGUGGAAGAGUGGGUCAUCACUAACUCACAGCCAACCGUACACCCUCUGCACAUCCAUGUCAAUCCGUUCCAAGUCAAGGAGGUUAGAACCGCACUAGAGAACCAAAUCGAGUUCACCGACUACAUUACAGAUACGAGCACACCCAUGAAUCGAUGGCGAGAUACGGCCAUCGUACCACCUUAUGGAUCUCUGAGAAUUUGGACUCGGUAUGCGGCCCGGGCGUACGGCAAGACGGUCUUCCACUGCCACUUCGAGGCACACAGCGAUACCGGGAUGAUGAGCAAUCUGAUGAUAACGAGGCAUGACACUGACAAGACGUCUGGUGCGGACGAAAGCACGCGGACAAAAUCAUAAUAAGA